CAUCCUUUGAUCGUGAGUAUCGGCGUGCAUACGAGCGAAACGAACCCCAUUUCACCAAGCUCCUUUCUCGCUCCGAUACGCCACCCCCUAUUGCUGCCGUCUUUUGCCGUCGCUACUUCAGUCAGCUCAGCCUGUGAUAAUGCCGGGUCUAUAUGACCCUCCUCCACCUGACUUUCUGACCUGCACCUGCAGUCUGGAACCUGCAAUUCAUACUCAGGGUCUGCAAUUGGCACUUGGGCCUCGAGCACUUGGCACUCUUGGUCCCAGAUAUGGAAGAUAUAGCCUCCAGGGGAGUCUCAGAGUCUGUGGCCUAUGCACUGGCCUGCACAUGGGUCCCCAGCCUGCCCCUUCAAAGCUGGCAUCAGACUGGAAGUGGGUGUCCAACAGGAGUUCUUUUGGAAUGGAAUACAAUAGACAGUAUAUAUAUAUACUAGAUUUUUUUCUUUCAUUCUUUUUCAUAUUUUUUUAUUUAGUUUUUGGGGAGUGUCAAAUGCAAAGAUUAUGUUUGAUGAUAUGAUGGACUUACCAAGUAGGCUGGAGAUUGUGAUCUUUGUUAGCUAGUUUGACAAUAUGAUUUAAGGAAAUAAUGGAAGGGAAAGUGUGGUGUAUUCAUUGUGUAGCAAAUGUAUAUAGAACUGCUUGAAUUGAUUUUUAUGAAGUCAUUGACUUCAUUUGUAACUUUAGGUUGAAUUAACCAGAGUUUGCAGCAUUCUACAAACAGUGCAAUGUUUGGAAAUAUUACUGUAUCCUAUAGACAGCCUUUUUAAUAUCAGCUGAACAAGUCAGUGGUGGGACAACUUCUAUAGGAAUGUGUAAAUAAAGUUAUUACUGGCUAUUUUGGGCUUUUUAAGAAUAUUUGAACAUUUUCAAUACAGCUUAUAUCAUGUCCUCUUUUCUUGCCAAUAUGUGAGAAAACAAGUCAUAUAGAUGCUAGUGUGGAGCUUUUGGAUUAUUGUGAGUUGAACGAACCUCAAACUCUGGUGCACUGACAUCUCUUCUUAUCAUCUGCAGGACAUAGGUAUUGCUAAGCACAAGCGGUGGAAAUUUUCAUAGGAAAAGGAUGAUAAUUGUAUUCCCAAACCCAAACUUGUCAGUUUUGAUGAUAUGGAUUAUUCAAACUUACUUUAUGAGUGAUGCGUUCUAUCCAGAGAAAUUUAUAUUGUUAUUUUGUGAUGUAUUGCUGUUUCAAAGUUUAAUUAUUACAAUAUGAAUAUAUUUGCAUUUGUUAAACAAUGAUAUUUUAGUUGAUUGAUCAGCAGUACUCAAUGUUUGACACUAUUUUAUUGACACCAAAUUGUGUGAUAAUAAGAGAUGAAUUUAAUCGCUACUAGCUUUUUCCAUGUGAUAAGGGAAUUUAGCCUUUGUAUUUUUGUGUUUUGCAACUUGUCAUUAUUCUUAAAUACAGAAGGGAGUUUUGUGUUAAUAGAAGGAUUGUUUGAGCUUUGUGUUUUCUUUACUGGUAAUGGGUUAUCAUUGGCAUCUUCAGUUACCAAAGUAACAUUAAACCAUCACAUAAAUAGAGGUUUAUUUUUAUGUAAUGAAACAGAUUGUGUGUGUAUGUUUGUAUUUGUUUGUUUAGAUGCAUUUUUUUUUUUCUUUUUAGUUCAUUCACUCAUUCAUUUAUUCAUAAGUACGUAUGCAUGGAAAUGAGAAUGGGAAUAUGUGAGUCUAUCAAUGUAUUUAUUUUUUCUAGUGAUUUUCUUUAUAGAAAAGGGUAGUAGUCAGUGUUAAGAAGAGACAGAGUCUGAGGAAGUCUUUACAGAUGUGAACUGCAGGAAUUUAUGAGUAUGAGUCCAGAUGGAAAAGCUUUAGCCAAGAUUUAUUUAAAACGUUGUAUGGGAAAAUAGGAAAAAAACAAACAAACAUGAAAAAUACAAAAAAAAAAGAAAAAGUAUUUUUAACUGAAUUUUUGUAUGCUCUUUUUUGUAUAUGCCUGAUAUUUACACUUACUCAUUAGCAGAUAUUUUUAUUGAAACAGUAAACUAGCAGCCCUCAUUGCUGCUUCCCUUCAGUCAGAACCAAGUUUCAAGUUUCAGACAGUGAUUCUUGUUGCUAAUUCUUCCAAAUUUAUUCACUUGUUUAGAUUCAUCCUACAAAGAAAAGAAAAGAAAAAAUAAAUAUCCUUCACCUUUCCAUAGACAUUCUAUCUUUUCUUUCUGUUUUCCUCUCUUUCCCAAGUAAAUAUUUCCUGAUUAUGUGAACUAUGUAUUUGUAUGAUGAAAAAAAA